GACCGCCCACUUCCCCCCCAGAGGCGACGUUAACUUGCAGGCAGCCAGGCAAGCAGGCAGGCAGGAAGGCAGGAAAGGCUUCAAGAGUGACAAGUUUGCGGCAUAUCGAGAGUGCGCGGCGCUCCUGUGCUUCACUUUCACGGAGAAAAACAACGGACCGGUAACCUCACCGACCUCCACUUCUUAAGCGGAGCUCCCCUUUCCCCCGAAAAUCACGGUAACUCCGCGAAGCAUGCGUGGAUGCUAAAAGCGCUCCCGCCCAACGCUGAGCUGCCUUCCGCCAGAGCCACCCCACCGACCGACGUCCCGUCCUCUAGUGAGACUCGCACAACCUCCCGCACUAUGUCAACUAUGGUGGAGGCCAACGUGCCGGUCGCCGCCGCCGCCGACCCGACUGCGACGUCGCCACCCGCCAUCUCGACCUCCAGCUCCCCUCCUGCCUCACCUGCGACGGCGGGAUCCAAGGUGCCGUUCAAGAAAGACAAGAAGAAAGUUCCGGACAAAACAGACGAGUACCUGCUGGCCAGGUUUCGAGGGGACGGCGUGAGGUACAAAGCCAAACUGAUCGGAAUCGACGAUGUACCCGAGGCCCGAGGAGACAAAAUGUGCCAGGACUCCAUGAUGAAGCUGAAGGGAAUGGCGGUCGCCGCUCGCUCACAAGGGAAACACAAACAGCGGAUUUGGGUCACUAUAUCCAUGUCUGGCAUCAAAAUCAUUGAUGAGAAAUCAGGAGUGAUUGAGCACGAGCACCCGGUGAGCAAGAUUUCCUUCAUCGCCAGGGACGUGACAGACAACCGGGCCUUUGGCUACGUGUGCGGAGCCGAGGGCCAGCAUCAGUUCUUCGCCAUCAAGACGGCACAGCAGGCGGAGCCGCUUGUCUUGGACCUGAAGGAUCUCUUCCAAGUCAUCUUCAACGCGAGGAAGAAAGAGGCUGAGGCCUCCCAGAAGGGAGAAAAUGGCAGCACGGUUGUUGAGAAUGGAAGUAAUGCUGUGCAGGUAAAAAACACUCAACCAGUGGACUUGUUCGGGGACAUGUCGACCCCCCCGGACAUCCAGGCCCCGAACGACUCUAAUGAUAUUCUCUUGCUGGACUUGUCCUCUGAAGUCGACAGCAAUCAGAAUUGCAUAAAGGGAACGCUUUUAACUUCCUGUGCCGCCGACCACAGGGCGCCGCCCCAGACAGAGAAUCCCUUCUGCUCGCCGUUCGGCUACUUUCCAACCCCGGACAGCGACCCUUUCAGAGACGAUCCUCUGUCCAAAACGCCCCGUCCCGACAACGGCCCCGUCGUCUGUGCUAGGACGGCCGUUAGCGACCCUUUGAACGGGAACUCUGAACAUCUCGGCCAGCAGAUGUUGGGCUUAACCAGUAAGAACAUGAUCCUCGCUCUCAGUAACGGCCAGUGGCCACUAGGGGGCAAAAUAACACACGGCGGCAUGAUGGACGGCAGCGAGUCGGGAUCGGGCCAAAACCCCUUUUUUGAUUCGAACGGGGCGAGCCACCAAGAGAUUGCGAGCAAGGACUCUGUGGUUCUAAACCCGCCUCCGCAGAGCUCGAAGGCCGGACGAGGUCGGAGGAGUCAGAAGUCUGCUGCAAGUGACUUGUUCGGAGCCGAUCUGUUUGCUGCUCCUGAAGGCUCGUCAGCUGGGGGCGACCUGUUCAACAACACGUCGCAGUCCUCCAUCGCGGCUUUGGGAGAUCUUCAGUUAGGUCCACCAGCCAAUACCGGCAUUACCACUGCGGGCAUGUGGGCAACCUCCACCGUACCCCCCUCCAUGUACGCACCCCCUACGUCCGCCUACCCGCAGCCGUCUGCUUUUGGUGGUCUUCCCAUUCCCCCCAACGCCUGGGGCCAGCAGGUGCCUCCUCAGUUCGGCGCCCCGCAUCUCGGCUGGGGCCAGCCUGCGCCGCCGGCCGGGGUUUGGGUCCACCCGGCCGCCACCAACCCCUUCCAGCCCAGCCCUUUCUGCGGCCUGGGUGACCAGCAAGGUCCGUCCCGCCCGCCUCCCCGGCCGCCUGUGAAAGAGGCCCCACCUAAGCCGGAGAAAAACGCCUUCACCGCUUUGGACCCCCUUGGCGACAAAGAGAAGAAGACCGGCAAAGAGAUGUUCAAGGACUUCCAGCUCGCCAAGCCGCCCGCCAUCCCCGCUCGGAAAGGCGAGCAGGCUCCGGCUUCAGAAUCGGGGGGUUUCGACCAGUACUUCUCCAAUAAAGUGGGUUUGGCUCAAGACACCGCUGACAACGAUGACUUUGACAUCAACGCAAUGUCGGCGGCACUCUACGACGCACCAGCUCCGAGUGUUAACGCCCUGGGCCUCCUCGAUGCCGCCUUCUCUUCAAACAGCUCCGCACCGGCACAAGGCCACAGUCUGGACAAGUUCGAUGAAGCAUUUGGAGCCCCUGACACGACUCUAUUUGGGAGCCCACCUGUUCCAAUGCAGACUGCACCUGUUGCUCAGAACUCAACGAGUGCCUUCGGAGAUCCCUUUGGAAAUCCCUUCGCUUGACCUUCCGAUCCUCAAAUGGACAUUCCAUGAAGUGACAUCAUCUCUGGGACAAAUCGCUGCAAGACAAUCAAAAAAACAAUGGCCUCCGUCCAGCCUUCUACAGCGCUGUCUCUAUUUGCUCUGUCUGAUUCGUCAUUCCCCUAUUUUCGAAGAGCAUUGAUCCAACUCGUGUUACGUCAUGAUCUGCUGAAAAGAGAAAUGGCAAAAAAAAAAAACUUUA